AUGACUGUAAAAGAGGAGAUUGCUCGGCUAAAAGCUAAGAUUGAAGAGCUAAAGAGACAUAAAUUUAGGAUAGAAGAGGAAUUGGCUCAAAAUGAGGAAUAUAAUGAGGAAAACAAUGAGUGGCUAAGAGCGAAGCUGUCAAUUGAGAAAACUCAGGAUCAACAUGCACCAAGCACAAUCGAAAAGAUUACCAAUGAAGAUAGGGGUACUGAAGACAAAUCAGAAAGAGCAGUAGCACCUCUAGUGAGUAUCGAGCAUCACGUCAAGGUUCCUUUCCAACAGAGGCUCUGUAAGAACAAUCUUGAUAAGAAGUUUGCAAAGUUCCUUGAAGUAUUCAAGAAACUGCAUAUCAAUAUCCCCUUUGCCGAGGAUUUGAAGCGAAUUCCUAGUUAUCUUAGUUUCAUGAAGGAGAUAUUGUCUAAAAAAUGUAAGAUGGGUGAUUAUGAGAAAGUGAUAUUAAUGGAGGAGUCUAGUUCUAUCUUGCAGAGAAAGCUUCCACAUAAGUUGAGAGAUCCAGGGAGCUUUACCAUACCUUGA